AUGAUUAGCAUCAACAAUAGAGAGCCGAGAAGGCCCAAUCCUGGCGUUCGGUUACCGUGUCAUUACCAAACAUGUCACCCAGCUCCCUGCGCCCCAACCUUCCAGGGCGCACCAGCCCCCGGCGCGCCCGGCUUCCGGGGCGGGACCGGAAGCGCCCCGCGCGGGGAGCUGAGCGGCUCCGCGCCCGCCCAUUGGGGAGCGCCCGCGGCGGGCGGGUCUCGCGAGAAGGGCGGCGGCGGCGGGGGCUGCUGGGAGAGCGGCGCGGGCGAGCGGGCGGCGCGCAUGGAGGGCGCGGGCGAGCGGGCGCCGCUGCUGGGCGCGCGGCGGGCGGCGGCGGCGGCGGCGUUCGCGGGCCGGCGCGCGGCGUGCGGGGCCGUGCUGCUGGCGGAGCUGCUGGAGCGCGCGGCCUUCUACGGCGUCACGUCCAACCUGGUGCUGUUCCUGAACGGCCCGCCGUUCGGCUGGGAGGGCGCGCAGGCCAGCCAGGCGCUGCUGCUCUUCAUGGGCCUCACCUACCUGGGCUCGCCGUUCGGCGGCUGGCUGGCCGACGCGCGGCUCGGCCGGGCGCGCGCCAUCCUGCUCAGCCUGGCGCUCUACCUGCUGGGCAUGCUGGCCUUCCCGCUGCUGGCCGCGCCCGCCCCGCGCGCCGCGCUCUGCGGGGCCCUGCGCCCGGCGCGCGUGCUCAACUGCUCGGCGCCCCUCCCCGACGGCAGCGCCGCCUGCCCGGACGCCGCCGCCCGCCGCUGCGCGCCCGCCACCUUCGCGGGGCUGGUGCUCGUGGGCCUGGGCGUGGCCACCGUCAAGGCCAACAUCACGCCCUUCGGCGCCGACCAGGUUAAAGAUCGAGGUCCAGAAGCCACCAGGAGAUUCUUUAAUUGGUUUUACUGGAGCAUUAAUUUGGGAGCGAUCCUUUCGCUAGGAGGCAUUGCCUACAUUCAGCAGAAUGUGAGCUUUGUCAUUGGGUACGUGAUCCCCACUGUCUGCGUCGGCCUUGCUUUCGUGGUCUUCCUCGGCGGCCAGAGCGUUUUCAUCACCAAGCCCCCCGAUGGCAGCGCCUUCUCGGACAUGUUCAGGAUACUGACGUACUCCUGCUGCUCCCAGAGGCCGAGGGGAGAGCGCCCGAGUAGCGGUGAAGGCAUUGGAGUCUUCCAGCAAUCUUCUAAACAAAGUCUGUUUGAUUCAUGUAAAAUGUCUCGUGGAGGGCCAUUCACAGAAGAUAAAGUGGAAGAUGUGAAAGCUCUGGUCAAGAUUGUCCCUGUUUUCUUGGCUUUGAUACCUUACUGGACAGUGUAUUUCCAAAUGCAGACAACGUAUGUUUUACAGAGUCUUCACUUGAAGAUUCCAGAAAUUUCAAGCAUUACAACCACCCCUCAUACGCUCCCAGCGGCCUGGCUGACCAUGUUCGACGCCGUGCUCAUCCUCCUGCUCAUCCCUCUCAAGGACAAGCUCAUCGAUCCCAUCUUGAGGAGGAACGGCCUGCUGCCCUCGUCCUUGAAGAGGAUCGCGGUGGGCAUGUUCUUCGUGAUGUGCUCGGCCUUCGCCGCCGGAAUUCUGGAAAGUAAACGGCUGGAUCUUGUUAAAGAGAAAACCAUUAACCAGACGAUCGGCCACGUCGUUUACCACGCUGCCGACCUGCCCAUAUGGUGGCAGGUUCCACAGUACGUGCUGAUUGGGAUUAGCGAAAUAUUCGCCAGUAUUGCAGGUCUGGAGUUCGCGUACUCGGCCGCCCCCAAGUCCAUGCAGAGCGCCAUCAUGGGCCUGUUCUUCUUCUUCUCCGGCGUCGGCUCGUUCGUGGGCUCGGGCCUGUUGGCGCUGGUGUCGGUCAGAGCCAUCGGGUGGAUGAGCAACCACUCGGACUUCGGAAACAUCAACGGCUGCCGCCUGAACUAUUACUUCUUCCUCCUGGCUGCCGUCCAGGGAGCCACGCUCCUGCUCUUCCUGAUCGUCUCUGUGAAGUACGACCGCGACCGCCAGCGAGCCAGAGCCGGCGGGAUGCCCGUCGCCGCCAGGGCCUGAGCCGGGCGGCCCAGGGGACUGUGCCAGUGGCCGCGGCGCUAGACGGGGUCGGGUCGCCCGGGUCUGCCUGUCGGGACGUGCAGGCCGCCCGGGUGGCCUCCCCUCCCCGCCACAGCGAGGCAGGUGUCUCGGCGCUCACCCGGCACGCGGCCGGUUGAGUGUGUUGCUUCUCGUCAUCCGGGGUCCUCUGAGGGUCGCAGCCGUGUCCCUCCUCUGCUGGCACCGCGGUGGAGAUUGCAGAGUCGUGGAGACCACACGGCGGCCUCCCAGCUGCGUGGACAAUGUCACUUCCUCCCCGCAGCCCUGAUCUAGUUUUACAGAAAGUUAAUAACAUCUAUUUACAUUGAAGAAAGGGAGGAUUUUUUUUUUUUAAGAGAUGGACGUGGGCAGAUGCCGCGAGGGCUUUAUGUCAGGGUCGCGUGUCCUUCCUGAGCCGCACGCCUUGCCGCUGCCGGGGUCUUUGGUGUGGCUGGCACGAGUGUGUUCCAUCUGCUGCUUCAGAAAAUACCUGUUUUUUAAACCAUUGACAUGGCUUUUUUGUUUUUUUGUUUUUGUUUUUUUUUUUUUUUGAGAAAGAACAGGCAUAAGAGUUUCUUAAGACCAUGGGUCGUAUCUCAGCCUGCAGAACAACUCAGAGGGCGUUUUAGAGCUUGCCUAGCCAGUGCUUAUGUGUGGCUUUACUUUGGGUGCCAUGGAGACUGAUAGCACAUCAUGGCCGGAUGUCAGAAAGCAUUCUCUCAGACAGAACUAGUGUAAUUAAAAAUAAUCGAAAGUGUUAAAUGUGAACUUGAGUGUUUGACUGGUCACCAGCCUUUGUGGUGUUAUUUUACAUGUAUCUAGGGGUUCUUUGUUUGUUAAAGUAUUCUGUAUUUGUUGCUGUAUUUUUGGCAUAACUUUAUUAUAAAAAGCAUCUCAGAUUUGAGACCCAC